AUGGGGAAAAUAUUCAUCGGCAAUUUGACCGACAGGGCCGAAGGUCGCGAUGUUGAAGACGCCUUCAGAAAAUUUGGAAGAAUCAAAGAGAUUUCUCUUAAAAAUGGCUUCGGCUUUGUCGAGUUUGAAGAUGUCCGCGAUGCUGAAGACGCAAUUCAUGAAAUGAAUGGGGAGCGACUUUGCGGCGAUAGAAUUACUGUCGAGCUGGCGAAAGGCGGCGGCGGUGGAAGAUAUCGCUCGCGUUCACGGUCAAGAGGUCGAGACGGACGCAGCUCGUAUUGGGACUCCCGAAGAUCUGGUAGAGAACGACCGCAUCGAACUCCUUACGCGGUUAUGGUCGACAAUUUGAGUAGCAGAUGCACGUGGGCCGAGUUGAAGGACAUUUUCCGCAAAUUUGGUGAAGUGACAUAUACAGAUGCUCACUACAGAUCUGGUGAUGGGAGAGGCGAAGUCUGUUUUUCUUCCCGAGAAGAGCAAGAUCGUUGUCUGGACGAAGCCGAUGGCAUGGAUAUCAACGGAAGAAGCAUCAAAGUUUCGCCUGGAGAAGGUGCUGAUCAACGAGAGCGAUCACGCGGAAGAUACUCUCGAAGUCGAUCUCGAAGCAGAUCCCGUGGCCGAGGUGGUCGAGGCGGAGGUCGAGGAGACAGAUCUCGCCCCCAUCGAACAGAGUUUACUCUCGGCGUCGAUAACCUCUCUUCCCGCUGCGAUUGGGCGGAACUAAAGGAUCUCAUGCGAAAAGCUGGAGAAGUUACAUACGUUGACGCUCACACCCGCUCAGGUCGAGGUCGGGGAGAAGCUUGCUUUGCUACCCGGGAGGAGUUGUAUCGCGCUCUCGAGGACUUACAGGGUAUGAAAAUCUACGAUCGUGCUGUGAGACUGCGCGUCAAAGAAGACGGCGAUCGAGAUGUCCGUCGAUCGAGAUCCUACUCUCGCUCUCGUAGUCGAUCGCGCUCACGAUCCCGCAAUGGUGCCCGUUCGAGGUCACGAUCGCGAAGCCGUUCCCGCAGCCGAUAA